AUGGAUGCUGGAAUUAUUGCUUCGAGUUUGAUUCAGAAACUCCAGGAUGAAUCGAAAUUUAAAAAACAUAUCGAGAUUCUCGAGUCGUUCAAACAAUGCUUACGACAUCCAGAUAAUCAAAGUUUCCUGGUUAAUUCAGUGAGUGAGCAGAAAAUCGCCCGGCUUCUGCAGGCAGUUUUCUCGGUGGAUGAUGCCGUGGACACCUUGCUUGUGAGAAGGGAACUGCAGGGGAAAAGAACUUUCACAAAAGAUAGACAAGAUUAUUCUCCCGUCAAUAAUGACCCGAAGGAUAGCUUCAAAAAUGAAAAUUUUCCUGAGUCCUGUUUAGAAGAGGAAGAAGUCAUUGUUUUUGAACAGGAAACGGAGGAGUUGUUAGGUCGAGUAAUUCCUAUAACUUGUCGUAAGCACUCGUUACCUUAUUUCACUAUGAAGGCCUCUAGAACGGUUGAUCUAGAUAAAUCAAUUCGUCAAGUCAUAGUUGUGGUUGGAGAGGGAGGCUCGGGCGUGACAACUUUGGCAAGAAAUAUAUACAAUAACGUCGACGUAAGGCUUUAUUUCACCCACUGCGCCUGGCUUCAGGUUUCUAGUUUGUUCGAAACUAAAGAUUUCUUGAUUAGCCUACUGAAACAAGUUAACCCAGACGAGUUGGUGAUGGAAGCAACACUUUCUGAAGUAGAACUCAAAUCAAGGCUCAGCGAACUCUUAAAUGAUAAAAAUAAGAAGUAUCUUAUUGUCAUCGAAGAUUUAGAGACACCUCCAGUUUGGUUAGCUCUCCGAGAUGUCCUUCGUACCCCCAAUUCUCCAGAAAACAAAAUAAUUGUAAUUACGCGAAAGAGAUGGAACGCACUAAUGGAGGAUGCUCAUUCGGUUCUACGAGUCCGGAGAUUAAGCCAUGAGGAGUCCAGGAAAUUGUUUGUAAACAAGGCACGAAUCUUAGAAGAUGAGUUGACAGAAGGCGAGAAGCAAAUCCCGGAACUAUGCGGUGGUUUACACUCACAAAUAGUCUUGCUUGGACGCUUAUUAUCUUUGAAAAAUAGAAACCACGAUGAUUGGUCAGAAGUAAUCAAACGUGCAGUGCAUAAUGGUGUUAAUAUCAUGGAUCUGAGCUACCAAGAUCUACCUUCAGAUGUUAAGCCAUGUUUUCUUUAUAUGCUGGUAUUCCCCAAAGGAUUUGAGAUCCCUGCGAGGAGGUUGAUUCAUUUAUGGUGUGCUGAGGGAUUUGUGACAUCCUCAGAUACUAAUACAGCCCCUGAAGAUGUUGGAGAAAUGUACAUUAAAGAACUAGCCUAUCGAAACAUGAUUCAAGUGAAAUGGAAGUUAGAUGGAAGCCCGAAAACAUGUCGAAUAGCGAAUUCUUUGUAUGAAUUCUUUUGUCAAAAAGCAGCGGAUGUAAGAUUCCUAAACCACCAGUUUUCUGAUAAGUGUUCUAUCACCAUCCCAGAAAAAUCCCGAUUGGCUUCUCCACGAUUUGCAACCUACUUUGGGGCCGAGGGCUUCACAUCGAAAUCAUUUCAUCAUUUUGAGCACCUACGCUCUUUCGUUGCUUUUGAUAGGCGUAUGCGCGGCGCAGCCAUGAUAGAAACAAGUAUGUUAAAAAAAAUUAUAGCUAAAGGAGGCUUGAGAAUGGUGAAGGUUCUUGAUCUUGAAGGAGUAUACAAGCCUAGGAAUAUACAUACUGUUUUAACUAAACUGUUACAUUUGAGAUACCUAGGCUUGAGAGCAACUUUUAUUGAACAACUUCCACAUUCCCUUGGAGUGCUUCCAUUUCUGGAGACAUUGGAUGUGAAGCACACUCACGUAACCGAUAUUUACACUCGCAUAUGGAAUGCAAAGGCGUUGCAACAUCUGUAUUUGAAUUGGAUUAAUGACGAUGAUGAUGCGGUGGUUAAAUAUCUUCCUCCAACAUCAGUAAUACACCUGCGUACGUUAUGGGGGUUAUGCUUGAGAAAAGAUUUCUUUGUGGAAAAUUUCCUCCGGAAAUUGGCGAGGCUCAGAAAUUUGGGACUACUGGUAUCGGAUCCAAUUUCCCAAAAAAGUAUAACCGACUGGGUUCGUUCAUCUACUCAACUUCAAUCUUUGAAGUUGAAAUACGUUGGAGAUGAUCAACAUACUACACCAAGCCUGACUUUUCAGAGUAAACACUUCGAAGGACAUAAAAAGCUGCAGGAUCUUUAUUUGCGGGGUCAACUACAGCUUUCAGAGCAAUCUAAACUUGAGGUUUCUUUUUUCCCUCCAAAUCUCAAGACCUUAACGUUGUCUUUCUCAAGACUAAGUAAGAAUCCAAUGCCAGUGCUGGGGGACUUGCCUAAUCUCAAAAUACUUAGGCUUUUUGCUGACUCUUAUGUGGGGAAGGAUAGGUUGGUUUGUGUGAAACCGAACCCUGACAAGAAGUUCCCCCAACUUAGGGUCUUAAAACUUUGGAAGUUAAAAAUGGGGUUUUUGACCUUCGAGGAAAACUCCAUGCCUUGCCUUAGAGAAUUAGAAAUUAGAAGCUGCAAUCAUAAUUUAUUCAUUUCAGGGUUGGAGAAUUUGACCGCUUUGAAAGAGAUCGGAUUUACGAACAUGCCGUCACGUUCUUCUUACUUUCGGCAUAACAAAGAUCUGCCGAUCCAAAUUAAGAAAUGCAGGUCCCUCUCAUAUGGUGGUGAGUGA